CCGGGCCUGAAAUCCUAAAGCAGACUUCAAAGCGUGUAAUUUUAUUGCCCCAAAAAUAGAUUUCCGCAGCAAUUUCGCUUUCUUAGGUAAAAUAUCUAUAAUUGGAAUAAGUUAAUAAUUAUUUUUGCAAACAAACCUAAUUGCGGGGGAGAUUAGGAUACGUUUAAAAUCGAAAUAUGUAGUUUUUAAUAACGAAAAUUCAAAAACCCAUGCGCGGCCUCGAUUUAUCGAUUCGCCCUAGUAAAUUUCGUUCACAAACUGAGACCGUUUUGCAGGAAUAAUCAAAAAGGAACGUCCUGCUGUAUGUACAGGAACGGAAUAAUUCAAUUAGUUUAAUGCGAUGGCCUUCCUUUUGAGAAAAGUUCAGUUCAAAGUGUUUUUGUACAAGUGAUAAGUGUUUAGUUUAUUUCACAGCAGCAGUAUUUAUAGUGGUUGUCUUGUUUAUUAAUAAAUAAUAAACAGGGAAUGAAAAUGAAAUAUACCAAAUAUGCUUUUAUAAUGGUAUUUUUGUGCGUAUGUUCAUUUGCAUUGGGACAGGAUGAAAGUAGGGACACCAAACAACACCCGGAAUUAUCCAAAGUGGUGCAAAGUUGGGCGAAUAAGCUAAGUGGAGAACUAUGGCAUUUUGGUCAGAUGGUCACAAGGAAAGAUGAUGUCAAAAAUAGUUUCAAAGAUACCACUAUCGUUAUUGAAGAUGGAGAAGCCCUUCUCAACGAUAUUCAUGAACGAAUAUCCAACAUGAUGAAGCAAAAAGUGGAAGCUGUACGAAGAAUCAUGGAUAUAGCAGAACAAGCAGCUCAAGCUCAAAAAGAAGACGACAUUGACUUCAACUAUAGCUUUAUCAAUUCGAAAAACCUCACAAAUUCAGCCCCUAAUGUUUCUGGAUCAGACGAAAACGAGCUAGCAUCUACUCAAGACCUACGAUACGAUGAUUCUUUAGUUGGCAGUCUACAAAUUGAGCAAAGCUAUCAAAGAAUGGUAUCUGAAGAGGAUCGGUACCAGCGUGAUCAAGAUCCAUCAGAUGUUUUUAUUGAGACUGAUAUUGAGAUCACUGAAGACGAACUAGAAAAAAAUCCGCAAGCAAGUCAAACGCAGCCUGUAGAUAAAACCAGGUUGCCUUUAUAUAAUAAUAGACACUUCUAUAACAUUCCAGUUAAUACUAACUAUAGCGCCGUCCAUGUACCUAGUAAUGUAUAUGAGAGAUCAAAAGAUGUGAUAUCAGGUAUAAUGUGGUCGGAGGAAUUAGAUAAAACUUUUAGGAAUAAUUACAAAAUAGAUCCGACCUUGUCGUGGCAGUAUUUUGGUAGUUCUACUGGAUUUAUGAGGCAAUUUCCAGCCAUGAUUUGGUCUCAAGAACCUAUUGAUUUGUUCGAUUGUCGUACGCGAAGUUGGUUUAUUGAAGCUGCUUCUUCUCCAAAAGAUGUUAUAAUUUUGGUGGACAGGUCUGGUUCAAUGACAGGUAUGAGGCGAGAAGUAGCCCGCCAUGUAGUCCACAACAUCCUAGACACAUUAGGCAACAACGACUAUGUAAACAUCUACACAUUCAGCAAUACAACUGACCCAUUGGUUGAAUGUUUCAACGGCAAACUUGUCCAAGCAAACUUGGCUAAUAUCAGGAUUCUCAAAGAAAGCAUGACAGACUUCAAAACAGAACAAAUUGCCAACUUCUCUUUGGCUCUGACUACCGCGUUUGAAAGUCUUGAGGAUUAUAGAGAUGAGAAAUUAGGUGCUAACUGUAAUCAGGCCAUUAUGCUUAUAACGGACGGAUCUCAAUAUAACUACAAAGAAGUCUUCGAAAAGUACAAUUGGGACGAGCUUCCAGUGGUGACUGUGAGAUUAUUUACGUAUCUUAUAGGCAGGGAAGUUAGUGAUACCAGAGAGGUGAAAUGGAUGGCCUGCGCUAAUCAAGGUUACUACGUCCACUUGAGCACUUACGCCGAAGUUCGCGAAGAAGUCCUGCACUACAUUCCAGUAAUGGCCCGGCCGAUGGUCCUAAACGCUACCCAUAAACCAAAUCCCACUUGGUCGCCCGUCUACGCCGACGUUACCGAUCCUAAACUGACCAACUGGUUAUGGGUGAAUCGAGAAAGAAUCACUCAACGAGAGAGGUAUCUUAUGUUCAGCAAAUACAAAGACAUGAUGUCCCCUAAUGAGAUUGAUAGAAAGUUUGUUCAUCAGCAGAAAAUGAAACAAGACAAUUAUGGAGAAACUCAAACUUAUCACAUGAUGACUUCAGUAUCUUUGCCCGUGUACGAUAAAAAGCCACGACAAGAAAGAGUAGCAAAUCUUCUUGGAGUGGCUGGUACUGAUGUUCCGAUAGAAUAUAUUCAAAGGCUUAUGUUGCCCUAUAGGUUGGGUGUUAAUGGUUACGCGUUUAUUGUAACUAACAACGGCUACAUUUUGAUACAUCCAGAUCUGAGACCAGUGUUUCAAGGCAUCUUAAAGCCCGCCUACAACAGAGUAGAUAUGAUGGAAGUCGAAAUAUUGGACGAUGAUAGCGAGCCUCGAAGAUUCAGUAAAGAAAUGCUAGAGAUGAGAUAUAGAGUUAUUAUGCAAAAAAGGGGAAAUAUUACUUUGAGAGUCAAAAGCCAUCUGGAUGAUAUGGCUCGAAUCCACAUAAGCAAACGUUACUAUUACUACACCGGAAUAAACGCGACUCCAUUCAGUUUAGUAAUCGCGCUACCACACAGAUACGGCUUCAAUCGUGUCCAACACCCUGUAGAAAACGAUAUCCACCGAAUUCGAUCUAACGAUAAAGGGCAGCACACUUUGACUCAAUUCUUUACGCCUGGGAAUUGGACUAUCCAUCCAGAAUGGCACUAUUGUAGAUAUUUGGACGACAAACAUUUCUUCGAAUCGGCAGAGGAGGAGUUUCUUUAUUUUUUGAAGAAAAUGGAAGGUCCUGGAUGGAAAUGGUCACGAGAAUGCGACCGGAAACUAAUAGCCAAAGUAGUAGCUGAUGCCAAAAUGACCGUUUGGUUUAACGAGAACAUUACCACUACAACUAAAGAAGAUAAAGGAGCUCAAUUGAUCAAGGACUAUGGAAUAGUAGUUGCCUUUAUGGCAACUCACAGUGGAUUUACCAGGUGGCAAAACUUUCCUCAGAACAUUGACAACAAUUUACAUGAAAAGCACUUCCAUAGAAUUCAUAAUAGAGCAAUCGAAGAAGUUUGGUACAAAAGAGCAAUAGAGCAUUCCUAUAUAGAUCCCGGCGUCUAUGUAUAUUCUGUGCCUCAUGAAAUAGGUGAGGCCAAUAACACCCUAGUGACAGUUAGUUCAGGAGUUUUCAAAGAAGACGGUAGCAGAAAAGCACCUGUUGCAGUUGUCGGCUAUCAAUUCUACCACCAAUCCUUAUACAAUAUUUUCAAGAAAACUACCAUUAAUUGUGGUGAUAUGCAAAAAGCCUGCAAGAAAACUUGCGAUUCUGAAGAAUUACAUUGUCUGAUGUUAGACGACAGUGGCUACGUCAUUGUAAGCGAUAACAUCCAAGAAACUGGCUACUUUUUUGGAAAAAUAAGAUCAGACAUUAUGAGUCAAUUAGUGGACGAAGGUAUCUACAAAAUGCAUCGGAUGUUCGACUAUCAAGGAUUGUGUCCGGAAGGUCAGGAUACUGGAAGUAGCGGAUCAAAAUUACUAACUCCAUACUUUUUCUUGGCCACAAUCCUGGAAUGGGCGGUAACAACAAUGACAAUUUUCGCUGAAGCAGCCACUGGAAACUUCUACUACGACCCAGCCCUCUACCAGCAAACCAAUGAACAAUACGACGAUUCAACUGAUCACACCGAUCAUAAUAUUGUAGUGUCUGAUCAUGAAGAGCAUGAAGCCAAUCACGAUUAUGAACACGAAGGUCAAGAACAAGUAAGUGAUAAAGCAUUUGACGAGAGUGCCACCAUGCAAAAAACCAAACCAGAACCAUGCGACAAUGAAUUUUACUUAUACAACUUGGUACACUAUAUUGCAAAAAAUGAAUCUAAUAGUGGAUACAAUAAAACUAUGGGCAAUUGCUCCAGGCCUUUUAUAGUUCAACGUGUCAGCGGUAGUAACAUGAUCCUGCUAGUGAUCAACAAUUUGUGUCAGGAACAAAAAGACAGAUUCCCGCCUUCGCCUGAUCCGCAACAAAUCGACUACAAUAUGAGUUUGCCAUGUUUCAUGAACCAGGAACAUUUACCCAGGAGGCUUUACAUGAGCUGCAUUAAUAAAUCUGUUAAUGAAAGUGAAAUCAAACUUUGCGGUUCAGGGACCAACAUAUCACCAAAUUAUAUUUUACCUGUAAUAAGUAUGUUUUCCUUAUUCAAGUAUCUAGUUUAAUGUAUUUUUAGUUAGCUUUUUGGUAAUCUGUGAUAUAAAUAAUUUAGCAAUUCCUUAGAGUUUUAUAUAAAUAUGUAUGUUGCCAAGUUUAAGUGACAUCUUUUAACUUGGGGAAUAUUGAAUUUUUUUAGGUUUAUAUUUUCUUAUGGCAGCAAACAUUGUUAACACAUUUACUAAAAAUUAGGCACUUUUAAAUUAUUUUCGCUGCCAUAGGAAUUGGAUUCCAAACCUCAUCAUUAUUUGUUUUUAGUUAUUUGUGAUAUUUUCUUUAAUAUAAAAUUUUUUCUCUUUCCAUGUAAUUUUUACUCAAUAUUAAAGUAAUGUUGAUUUUUUUUUAAUAAACUUUGUCGUUUAAUUUUCUCUCAGAUUCCCUAAAGAAAAUGUCACCCCUUAUCAGCCUUGUCAGAAAAAAAAAUGAGAUUUUAUUUUUGAAUUUUCAUCAAAAGAUGCUGGUGUGAACCCAGUCAUUUCGAUUGAAUUGAUAUGGAGCACCAUUUAUGACCAACCAAGUAAACUAUAUAAAUUCCAUUGGGUAGCUUUGGGUGGGUUUACAUACUUUGAAUGUUUCAAAUUUAUAGAGAAAUGAAUGCUCUCUCCGAUAGUGAAUAAUUUUAAUGGAAAUAUUGGCAAUUUUUCUUAACCUUGUCAUAAUUCAAACAAAAUUCAGAAUCAAAAAAUGAAAUUUUCUUUUCCUAAGACCAAAUAUGAAAAUGACAAAAUUCGCAAUAGCUGGUUCUUUGGAAAGCACUAAAUAUCACACGCAUGCUGAAAGUACUUUCAAUACGCGCACUAAAAGUACUUUCAGCACACGUGUGGAAAAUACUGUUGACAUUAUUUGUGAUUGACAUAACAAUUUACUUUCAAUACGUGAAAAUGAAAAGAAAUAAAAUAAGAGAAAAUUGAUAUAAAUCGGUUUUUGGUCGUAGGAAAAAUGGUGUACAUCACUCGUAAGAAAGUGUCUUUCAUACGGUCGUAUGAUUUUCGCACUCGGCUACCGCCUCGUGCGAAAAAACACUUGUGUGAAAUUUGUCACUUUCUACACUUGUAAUGUAAUAUACUAUUUUUAUUUUAAAAAUAUUGUCAUGAUGAAAAUUUUUAUCUUGAAAUCAAAAUUUAUCACAAAAACAACUGUUCACUAUGAAAGUGCAUACAUUUUCUACCUCUAAAAACAAUCCCAAAAGAAUAAAUCAUUUGGAUCUGAACUGAUGUGUCAAUGAUGAAUUUAAUUUCCCUAUUUUUGUCCCCUUCUAUCUUCAUAAGAAGACAAAGCAACCAAUAAUAAUAAAAUAUCAUUUUGCAAAAGAAUAACAUCUUUUUUUAAUCUCGUAAAUAAUCAUUAUAUCACGUUACUUUUUAGGACACAGAAAUAAAGUGGUUUUUUUCUUUCGAAUACUUGACACAAGAUAAACAUUUAAUGAGAAAUACAAAAAUUAGGGCCUUACAAACUAAAAUAUAUCUCUAUUAAUAAGGUAAAAAAAUAGGUCUAUAUUCGUAGGAUCAUAAUUAAUAGAUCAUAGAUCAAAUUAGAAGCAAUAAUAGGAUAUGUGGGCGAGCAAUAGGUUUGGGUAACUAAACUAUUCAGUUUUAGAAAAUAGUUGGAUUCUAAAAUUGAACAGAUAGACGAAAGCGCUUAUUUCUAACUUACAAAAAAAAAAAGAAAAUGUCCAUUACUAUUGCUGUUGCACUUGCAUUUUGGCUUGCAACUGUGCAAUCAUUUCUUGCAUACGUUUUAGUUCGGCCUCUUUUUCUUGUAGAAUUUUGUCUCUAUCUGCGUUAAUAGGAGAUUUUUCAUCAAUGAU